AUGUUCCACAAAAGAACCUUCAAAUGUGCAUCAGGCUCCAGCUGUUUGUGUGGCUGUGGUCUGUGCGGCUGUGGUCUGUGCGGCUGUGGUCUGUGCGGCUGUUGUCUGUGCGGCUGUGGUCUGUACAGCUGUGGUCUGUACGGCUGUGGUUUGUACGGCUGUGGUCUGUACAGCUGUGGUCUGUACGGCUGUGGUUUGUACGGCUGUGGUCUGUACAGCUGUGGUUUGUGCGGCUGUGGUCUGUACGGCUGUGGUCUGUACGGCUGUGGUCUGUACGGCUGUGGUCUGUCCGGCUGUGGUCUGUACGGCUGUGGUUUGUACGGCUGUGGUUUGUACGGCUGUGGUCUGUACAGCUGUGGUCUGUACGGCUGUGGUCUGUACGGCUGUGGUCUGUACGGCUGUUGUCUGUACGGCUGUGGUCUGUACGGCUGUUGUCUGUACGGCUGUGGUCUGUGCGGCUGUGGUCUGUACAGCUGUGGUCUGUGCUGCUGUGGUCUGUACGGCUGUGCUGUGGUCUGUACGGCUGUUGUCUGUACGGCUGUGGGUCUGUACGGCUGUGGUCUGUACGGCUGUUGUCUGUGCGGCUGUGGUCUGUACGGCUGUGGUUUGUGCGGCUGUGGUCUGUACGGCUGUGGUCUGUGCGGCUGUGGUCUGUACGGCUGUGGUCUGUACGGCUGUUGUCUGUACGGCUGUGGUCUGUACGGCUGUUGUCUGUACGGCUGUGGUCUGUGCGGCUGUGGUCUGUACAGCUGUGGUCUGUGCUGCUGUGGUCUGUACGGCUGUGGUCUGUGCGGCUGUGGUCUGUACGGCUGUGGUUUGUACGGCUGUGGUCUGUACAGCUGUGGUCUGUACAGCUGUGGUCUGUACGGCUGUUGUCUGUACGGCUGUGGUCUGUACGGCUGUGGUCUGUACGGCUGUUGUCUGUGCGGCUGUGGUCUGUACGGCUGUGGUUUGUGCGGCUGUGGUCUGUACGGCUGUGGUCUGUACGGCUGUGGUCUGUACGGCUGUGGUCUGUCCGGCUGUGGUCUGUACGGCUGUGGUUUGUACGGCUGUGGUCUGUACAGCUGUGGUCUGUGCGGCUGUGGUCUGUGCGGCUGUGGUCUGUACGGCUGUGGUCUGUACGGCUGUGGUCUGUACGGCUGUGGUCUGUACGGCUGUGGUCUGUGCGGCUGUGGUCUGUACGGCUGUGGUCUGUACGGCUGUUGUCUGUACGGCUGUGGUCUGUACGGCUGUUGUCUGUACGGCUGUGGUCUGUGCGGCUGUGGUCUGUACAGCUGUGGUCUGUGCUGCUGUGGUCUGUACGGCUGUGGUCUGUGCGGCUGUGGUCUGUACGGCUGUGGUUUGUACGGCUGUGGUCUGUACAGCUGUGGUCUGUACGGCUGUGGUCUGUACGGCUGUUGUCUGUACGGCUGUGGUCUGUACGGCUGUGGUCUGUACGGCUGUUGUCUGUGCGGCUGUGGUCUGUACGGCUGUGGUUUGUGCGGCUGUGGUCUGUACGGCUGUGGUCUGUACGGCUGUGGUCUGUACGGCUGUGGUCUGUACGGCUGUGGUCUGUACGGCUGUGGUCUGUCCGGCUGUGGUCUGUACGGCUGUGGUUUGUACGGCUGUGGUUUGUACGGCUGUGGUCUGUACAGCUGUGGUCUGUACGGCUGUGGUCUGUACGGCUGUGGUCUGUACGGCUGUUGUCUGUACGGCUGUGGUCUGUACGGCUGUUGUCUGUACGGCUGUGGUCUGUGCGGCUGUGGUCUGUACAGCUGUGGUCUGUGCUGCUGUGGUCUGUACGGCUGUGGUCUGUGCGGCUGUGGUCUGUACGGCUGUGGUUUGUACGGCUGUGGUCUGUACAGCUGUGGUCUGUACAGCUGUGGUCUGUACGGCUGUUGUCUGUACGGCUGUGGUCUGUACGGCUGUGGUCUGUACGGCUGUUGUCUGUGCGGCUGUGGUCUGUACGGCUGUGGUUUGUGCGGCUGUGGUCUGUACGGCUGUGGUCUGUGCGGCUGUGGUCUGUACGGCUGUGGUCUGUACGGCUGUUGUCUGUACGGCUGUGGUCUGUACGGCUGUUGUCUGUACGGCUGUGGUCUGUGCGGCUGUGGUCUGUACAGCUGUGGUCUGUGCUGCUGUGGUCUGUACGGCUGUGGUCUGUGCGGCUGUGGUCUGUACGGCUGUGGUUUGUACGGCUGUGGUCUGUACAGCUGUGGUCUGUACAGCUGUGGUCUGUACGGCUGUUGUCUGUACGGCUGUGGUCUGUACGGCUGUGGUCUGUACGGCUGUUGUCUGUGCGGCUGUGGUCUGUACGGCUGUGGUUUGUGCGGCUGUGGUCUGUACGGCUGUGGUCUGUACGGCUGUGGUCUGUACGGCUGUGGUCUGUCCGGCUGUGGUCUGUACGGCUGUGGUUUGUACGGCUGUGGUCUGUACAGCUGUGGUCUGUGCGGCUGUGGUCUGUGCGGCUGUGGUCUGUACGGCUGUGGUCUGUACGGCUGUGGUCUGUACGGCUGUGGUCUGUACGGCUGUGGUUUGUACGGCUGUGGUUUGUACGGCUGUGGUCUGUACAGCUGUGGUCUGUACGGCUGUGGUCUGUACGGCUGUGGUCUGUACGGCUGUUGUCUGUACGGCUGUGGUCUGUACGGCUGUUGUCUGUACGGCUGUGGUCUGUGCGGCUGUGGUCUGUACAGCUGUGGUCUGUGCUGCUGUGGUCUGUACGGCUGUUGUCUGUACGGCUGUGGUCUGUACGGCUGUUGUCUGUACGGCUGUGGUCUGUGCGGCUGUGGUCUGUACAGCUGUUGUCUGUACGGCUGUUGUCUGUACGGCUGUGGUCUGUACGGCUGUGGUCUGUCCGGCUGUGGUCUGUGCGGCUGUGGUCUGUAA